AUGGACAGGCAGCAGCGGCACAGUUCCGUUGCCUCUACAAAGAAGGCUGGGCAAAGUGGAUCAGCCUUCGUGUCAUGUUGCACUUUCAUUGCACUUCAUCAAACUACAGAGUUAAUAACAACGGUUGCCACUAUUUAUGCUCUAUUCGGCAAUGAUAUAAAACUGUGGGCUACGCCGGUGAGUGCUGACUUGCCAUUCGACAUAAUUGCUAUCCUCUGCUUGGUUAUAUUUGCCGCGGAAAUCUUCGUUAGCUGCGUAGGCAAGGACAAUUACACGUGGCACACGUUUUUCUGGUUUGAUUUGGUUUCAACCGGAACACUCGUUCUAGAUUUAUCAUGGACAUACUACGAAAUGUACCUGGUAGUCGAAGAGAACUCAGACGUGGCGUCUAACGAUGUAAUGCAGGUGUCUCGUGCUGGAAAGGCAGGCUCCCAGGUGGCUAGGGUGCUUAGGGUGAUCCGCUUAGUUCGACUAAUCAGAGUAGCAAAGCUAUACAAAACCCUGGCGCUGCGCUUUCAAGUAAAAGACGAGUCUCCUAUACAGCAAGACAUGUUUCUGGAGCCUGGUGACCGCGCACCUGACGAUGUCGUUAUAGAAGAAGAAGCGGACCCUACUGACGAUGGUGCCGAAUAUGACAGCAAAAUCGGAAAAGAGCUUACUGACAGGACUACUAGGAAAGUUAUAUAUAUUAUCCUUGCGAUGACCAUUGUGCUGCCAUUUUUGUCUGAAGAACAAUAUGUUUCGCGUACAAGCUCUGAACAAUCAGGACUAGACAGUGUUGCGGAGUCUGCCACAGCCGCAAAGCGGUACAAUACGGCUCCCUGGUGGAGGAUGUAUUCCUCGAAUGUAAUUUAUUAUAUCAACUACCACCGAAAAAACGGACUAGGAUACGUCCAAGGGGAAGUAAACCCGGCGUCUUUAGUUUACAUGGAACUACCCCUGCCGCUUUCCCAUGUAACUGAGUCAGCUGGUCGAGUUUUCGUGGACCUUGCUUGUCUAGGGUUCAAGAGCUGUGACCACCCGUUGGAGCUGCCUCCUGAUCGCGCUACUAAUCUGUUACUGGCCACUGCAAUAAACGGCACAAUGCUUACCGACGAACUGGAAUCGGUCGACUCGUUGAGGCCAAGUGAAAGGGAAUUUAUAUCCUCAGCAUUUUGUACGGGGCCCUCAGAAGAAGUUGCAGGGCCUUUAGAAACACAGAAGGCAUCUUCUUGUGUUGAUGAAAAUAUCGUAGUCUUCAAGGCUGUGUACGAUAAGCGCGAACUAUCUCACCUGGAAUCUGCCCUGAGCAUCCUCAAAACGGUGUUCGUCUGUCUGACUAUGGUUAUUGGAACAGUGGCGAUCAACCAUGACAUCAACACGCUGAUUUUACGACCAAUAGAGCGAAUGAUUACGAAGAUGAACAAAAUUAGAAAUAACCCCCUUGCUGCUACCAAUAUGAAUGCAGAAGGAGAUGAAGCUCAGGCUGAAGAAAGAGCAGACAGCGCAACAGGCGACCCACUGCAGGUUUUGAAAACUUUAAUAGGAGGUAAGGCUACCAAGAUACAAAAAGAAAAUUACGAAACAGCCAUCUUGGAAAAAACGAUUAUAAAGAUUGGCGGCCUGCUAGCGCUAGGCUUUGGAGAAGCUGGGGCGGAAAUAAUUGCCAAAAAUAUGCAUACUGCAGAUGGCAACAUCAACGCAAUGAUAGAGGGGCGCAAAAUGGAAGCAAUAUUUGGAUUUUGCGAUAUAAGAAAUUUUACAGAUGCAACGGAGAUCUUGAAGGAGAAAGUUAUGGUAUUUGUUAAUCAGAUCGCAGAGAUCGUACAUGGCACCGUGGACCAGUUCUCAGGGAGCGCAAACAAAAAUAUUGGGGACGCAUUUCUCCUUGUUUGGAAGUUUCCAGAAAGGGAGAUUGCAGACGGGGUGAAAGAGCAGAUCAUUGACACUGUCACAAGCAAUAAACUGGCAGACAUGGCCUUGAUGUCGUUCGUCAAAGUUGUGGCGGGAAUCAACAAGUCGUACACUUUGUCGGAAUACAGAGACAUCCCAGAAAUUAUUGAACGGAUGGGAACGGGUUGGAAGGUUAAAAUGGGGUUUGGACUCCAUGUAGGCUGGGCCAUUGAGGGCGCGAUUGGAUCAGAAUACAAAAUAGACGCAUCUUAUUUGUCUCCAAAUGUCAACAUGGCGUCCAGGCUAGAAGCAGCAACAAAGCAAUAUGGAGUGUCAAUCCUCAUAUCAUCUGACCUCUACGACAUUAUGUCUCCACAGACACAGACGUAUUGUCGUCAAAUAGAUCGGGCAACCGUGAAGGGCUCAAAGGUGCCACUAGGUCUCUACACCGUUGACUUAGAUCCCGGAAGACUGCAAGUUCCAGCAAGAAAUCCCGUAACUGUUACCUCCAAAAACACUGUUUUCCUUCAAAGACAACAGCGGCUUCGCGAAAAGCAUAAACUAUGGUCCAGUCGUACAUCGAUAUCCGCAAUGUUCGAGACUGAUCCCGAUAUCGUUUCAAUGCGUGAACAUUUGACUAAAGAGUUUUUGGGUACAUUUCGCUCAGGCUUCAGACACUAUGAGGCUGGUGAGUGGUAUACCGCGAGGGAAAUAUUUGUCCGUACACAGUAUAUGCUAGGUGUAGAAGACGGUCCGUCUACUGUGCUCCUGCAUUUCAUGAGUACCAAAAACUACGUUGCACCAGAGGACUGGGCAGGAUUCCGCGAGCUCAUUGAAAAAUAG